AAACCAAAACCGUAAAACGAAUAUGACGAAAUCCUUCGCCAGAGCUGGACGGCAGUCGACUAAUGGCUUCACUGGACGGAUGGCGGCGGUGGGUCCGGAUACCAGCGGCGUAGCUUUAGCAGGAGCAACGGGGGGCGUUGGACACCUCCGGGUACCUGCAGGGGAGAGCGUGUACUGUGGCAGAGGAGUUGUUCACGACAGAGUUAAAAAAAUCAAGAAAAAUAUAUUUUUCUCUAGGGCUCUGGUACCAUCUCAAUUAUGGUAUUUCAUCGAUUCAUUUGUAUAUCUUACAACUGGAACAUCUAGAAUAUAUACACAUACAGAAAAAUGGAAUAGUUUACUCUCUUUUCGAUCAAUUUGGAGUAUUUUCUGACCAAGGUCCUUGUCUUGUUUGGAAGUUUCAGUAGUAGCAGGUACUUGUUAUCGGAAGGCUUAUGUUUCUGUAAAUACCUUAUUUUUUUGGUCAUUCCAUGCAUUUUUGUAAUAGAUUUUCUUUACUUCUGAGCAACUAUGUGGUUAUCUCUGCCAUUCGUAAAAGGAUUUAUCAAAAUAUUUCCUGUAAAUGCUUGCAUUCCCUCCAUCAAUACAAACGAGAGAAACCCAUUUCACGAUUCAGUAGAAACUCAAGGAAGGGAACUAAGGUAGUUAAGAAGGAAGAAGUAAUUCCAAGGGUUUACACUAGAGAUACUUUGAGUAACAUAUGCAAUAUUCUUAGAAAUUGCUCAUGGGCUUCUGCUCAAAAACACCUAGAGAUGCUCCCUAUUAGAUGGGAUUCUUAUCUCAUCAACCAAGUUUUGAAAACUCAUCCACCAUUGGAGAAGACAUGGUUAUUCUUCAAUUGGGCUUCUAGGCUGAAAGUCUUCAAGCAUGACCAGUAUACGUACACGACGAUGCUGGAUAUAUUUGGAGAAGCUGGGAGAAUUUCAUCCAUGAAUUAUCUAUUUCAACAGAUGAAGGAGAAGGGGAUAAAGAUAGAUGCAGUUACAUACACAUCGUUAAUGCACUGGCGUUCAAAUUCAGGAGAUGUUGAUGGAGCUAUAAAGGUGUGGAAGGAAAUGAAAGCCAAUGGCUGCCAUCCGACAGUAGUUUCUUAUACUGCUUAUAUAAAGAUUUUGUUGGACAAUGGCCAAAGUAAAGAGGCCACUGCUACAUACAAGGAGAUGCUUAAAACUGGGCUGUCUCCAAAUUGUUGUACUUACACCAUUUUAAUGGAAUACCUUAUUGGAGAGGGUAAAUGCAAAGAAGCCCUUGAUAUUUUUUCCAAAAUGCAAGAUGCUGGAGUAUAUCCCGAUAAAGCAGCAUGCAAUAUAUUGAUUCAGAAAUGCUGUAAAUCAGGGGAGAGGUUAGUAAUGACACAAAUCCUGGAGUUUAUGAAAGAGAACCGCUUUGUGCUUCGAUACCCUGUGUUUGUUGAAGCACAUGAAAAUUUGAAAAGUUGUUCUGUUGGUCAUGCCCUACUCAGGCAAGUUAAUCCUCAUAUAGAAAUUGAAUCAAUCAGUAAGGGUGAGGUUUUGGAUGUUAGUACAGGUUCUAAUACUGUUCCUCCCAAUGUAGAUAAUGAGCUUUUAGCAAUGCUGUUGAAAGAUAAUAAACUUACUGCUAUUGACCACAUGCUCAUUGGGAUAGUAGAUAAGAACAUACAGUUGGAUUCUUCAAUCAUUUAUUCCAUCAUUGAGGUGAAUUGCAAAAGUAAUCGACCCAACAGUGCUAUGUUGGCUUUUGAUUACUGUUUAAAAAACGGUGUUAACAUCGGGAGAAAGUUGUAUCUUGAUUUAAUUGGGAUUUUGAUACGAUCUAGUAUAUAUCCAAAGCUGUUGGAAAUUGUUCAGGAAAUGUACACGCAAGGGCAUUGCCUUGGACUCUAUCAUGCCACGCUUAUACUCUAUAGUCUUGGCAGAGCUGGAAAACCUCAAUAUGCAAGGAAGGUUUUUAAUAUUCUGCCUGAAGAAUUGAAGUGCACGGCAACUUACACUUCUCUGGUUGAUGCUUAUUUCUCUGCUGGAAGUUCUGGUAAAGGGCUUAAAAUUUUUGAAACAAUGCGAAAGAAAGGAUUUACACCAUCUUUAGGCACAUAUAAUGUGCUAUUAAAUGGUCUUGCGAAGAGCGGUAGAGGUGUUGAAUUAAAUAUUUAUAGAAGGGAGAAGAAGAGUUUUGAGAUUAGUCAUCACUCUCGUCUCAAUAGAAUAUUAGAUGAUGAAAGGAUUUGUGAUCUUCUUUUUGGAGAAUUGGUAUCUUGAGGGAAAUUGGAGGAAGAGUGGUGUGUUUGGCCCUAGAGUUUGGAAGUAGGAAGCUGUGAACGACACUUUGUGUUUGACCCAAGAACUUUGUGAGCUCACCACUAAAAAACAUCAAUUUUAUACCUUAUCAACUCCUUAAAUUAUGGGCCCCAGGAGUUUACAACUCUCUGCUCUCCAUUAUUCAACUCCUCACCCCAAACACCUCAUGAAAGAAUUUGUGAACUAUGCAAUUCUGACUAGAAUGUUGCCGAUCUCAACAUCUUCAGCGGGGUGAGAGUUUUAUCUAUUGCCACUUGAUGAUUAGUCGAUGUAGGCAAGGUUAUAAUCAGUCGAUGUAGGCAAGGUUACUCAUCAGUCGAUGCGCCAAAUCCAAUGGGGUUCCAUUACAGACCUUGAUCACUGCCUUCAGUCGGAACGCCAGCAUGUCUGUGGGAUCCAGAUGAGGAGUUGGCCCACCCAAAGUUGGUAUGGGUAAGAGCUUCAUCACGAGUCUUCAGUGUUGGAAUCUUGGGGUUGCUCCAACUGCCAGUUAUGAUGAGGGCGUUUCUUAGAAUGUACUUCUGUACCAAGCGAGAUGAACGCUCGACUAUCCCAUCCUACACGGACCAAUUUACUGCCUUGUUCUCGCUAUGAGAAUUUGGCAGCCUAGCUGAAUCGGGCACCAUCUUGAGGCAGAAGCAGUCAGGGCACCAUAAACAUGCCAUGGCAAUCUUAGAUUUACUCAUUUCCAACACUUGUAUUCCUACACAUCCGUACACCAUUGUUCCCUUCCUCCGCCCCAAGAGUUGCCUUACACCCUAUUUUGAUGGCAAUGGCGAUGUUAAGUCAUGAGUUUUCCUCUAUUCAGGGCAAUUCCAUUCCGCUUUGUUCUUCUA